CGUGGGUCUGUCUGCGGUCCCACUGGCCAUGAGUAAUUUGUUCGUUUAUUUUUAGUUUAUGAAUUUUUUUAGGCACGUUUUCUCUUAAUUGCAUCCCACCCGCUUUCGCAGCAGUAAUAGUUGAAAAUGCAGGAUCCAAAUGAAGACACCGAGUGGAAUGAUGUGCUGCGGGCCAAGGGAAUCAUCGGACCCAAGCAGAAGGAGGCCGAAAUCACAGAGGACCAGAUCCAAGCCCUAAUGGACGAUGCGAUACAGCGCCGCACAGACCUGCCACAGAGCGAGGGUCAGCGUGACAAGAAGAUCGAUGACAUGUCGCUGGACGAGCUGGAUGAGCUGGAAGACUCUGAGGACGAGGCUGUGCUGGAGCAGUACCGUCAGAAGCGUAUUGCGGAGAUGCGGGCCACGGCUGAGAAGGCCAGGUUUGGCAGCGUGCGCGAAAUCUCGGGACAGGACUAUGUCAGCGAAGUCACCAAGGCCGGCGAGGGUAUUUGGGUGGUGCUGCACCUGUACGCGAACGGCCUUCCGCUCUGCGCUCUCCUCCACCACCAUAUGCAGCAGCUGGCGGUACGUUUCCCGCAGACAAAGUUCCUGCGCUCCGUUGCCACCACAUGCAUAGCGAACUUCCCCGAGAAAAACCUGCCCACGAUAUUUAUCUACCACGAGGGCGCCAUGCGGAAACAGUUCAUUGGCCCCGUAGAGCUGCGCGGAGAAAAGCUGACGGUUGAUGAGCUAGAGUUCAUGCUCGGCCAAGUGGGCGCCGUCGCCACCGAAAUAACCGAAGAUCCCAGGCCCCAGAUUAGGGACAAACUGCUUGCUGAAUUGGAGGACAAGAGCUCGGACUUUUACUGAAGACCCUAAGCUCCCCACAUCAAUAUCCCCAUCCACAUCCACAUCCAAAACCUUUUAAGCUACGCCUCAGAGAUGAUCUGUAGCGAGAUUCUUUUGUAGCAUUUAUGUUUCGUUGCCAUCUUGUGCAUUUUCUUCACCAAUAAACCUUUACUUUUCUACAC